UAUUGAAGAACCGGUUGCUGUAGUAGUUGUUGGUUAUAAUUGGGCUACGAAAUUGUUUGCUUUAGGUCUUACUAUAUCCUCAAUGUUCAUCUAUAAUAUUAAUGGAGUAAUCGGACGAAAUGAUAUCAAAGACUUUUCUUGA